AUGUCGCGCCCGCUGGGCAGUAACUUUGCUGAUUUCUUCCCGAGCGCUCCCAGCGUCAUUCAGCAACGAAAAUCUUCAAAGCUUCUCGACAACGACAAACUCAGGCUCAAUCACUCCACUGAACGCGUUGAAGAUGCGCCAUACAAAGACACUCCUGUUCGCGCCUCAUUGACCUCGCCUGCUAUCGCCAGUGCUACAAAGUCCUCCGCCAAACUCGAUCGUUCGCCCAAACUCAAUAACUCUCCCCUUAACCAAGAAAACACCGAAACCUUUGCUGGCGAUCUUCUCAAUGGUGUCGGUUCUGCCAGUUCGUCAAGCACCGCCUCAUCGGUUUUCAGUGCAUCCCUUGCAAACGCAAACAUGGCCAGCUCGAAUCAUCUCGCCUUCACGACUCUAACCCCUCUCACCACCUCCGACUCCCCUCCAAACAUGAAGUUAAUGAGUCCUACAACCGAAGCGGCCUCAAGACCACUUACUAAUGGCAAUCAUGCGAAUUCGAAUUCUCACCCUGGUUCCAUGACUCCCUUAUACACUCCUCCAACCCACCGACCCAGUGCGCGCGACCUCAGUCUCACUAUCAAGGGCUCAAAAUGUUCUUACGACCCGGAACUCGACAAAAAUCUACCUACAAAGGAUAAGAGGAGGCUCAAAGCCCAGUUUGCGGAUUUCAUAUCACGAACCGAAGACAAUGUGCAGCUUCUCGACCCUCGAUUAGCCAUUCCCUAUUAUCUCAAGGGUGGAAUAGGGAAGGGAAAGUCCAAGUUUCGGCCUGCGCCAUACAAUCUAAGAUCGUGGGUGCCUGAUGUUGCGACCGCUGUUGCUUCCAGUUCUCCUCCUACCACCAUAGUUGUCACCGGCUUUGAUCCUAUGGCGCCUCUGUCCCAAAUUAGCGCUUUGUUCUCAAGUUUCGGUGAGAUUGAAGAUAUCGAUAACAAGACCGACCCAGUCACUGGUCGCUUUCUAGGGAUAUGCAAUAUAAAGUAUCAAGACUGCGCAUCAUUCCAAGGUGGAGGACCUAUUUCGGCAGUUUUAGCCGCCAAAACUGCUUACCUGGAGGGCAAGAGAGGUCAAAGGAUCGGACUCAAAACUGUUCAAGUGGUAGUUGAUCGAGAUGGUUCCAUCACGGCAAAGUUGGUGGAAAGGGCUAUCGCGGUUCAUCGUAAGGAAAGUGGUUUUACAAACCAACCACGAGUGCAACCUUCACCUUCGCCGUCCAUACCUUCCGCGCCCCAGCUACCAAGCUUUGCAAAGAGUUCGGGCCCACCACCUACUGCUCCGAAAGGCCCAGCAGGAAAACCUUCUCUUCGACCACAGUCUACUUUCCAUUCUCCUUACGCACCUCCUCCCCCUCCUCCAACCUCGAUGGGCACAUUACCUCUAACGGCUGCCAUACCUCCCAAACCAGAGAAGACCGUUUCACCCUCUAAGCCUUCCGGACCCCAUGUGGUCGAGUCCGAAUUAAUUGCCGAGACAUUAAAAGUACCAUACAUCUUUGUGGCGCAUUGCUAUGUUCCUGUUAUGCCAACCACCAUACCACAUCUCAAGAAACGAAUGCGUAUGUACGAUUGGCGCGAAAUUCGAUGUGAUGAGACGGGUUACUUUGUUACCUUUGAGCAGUCACGUACUGGACAAAUGGAAGCAAAGAAAGUGUUUCACGGGUGUCAUAUGCAACCACUAUUCACAUAUAUUAUGAACCUUGAGCUUCAUUUGAAUGGUAAUCCGAAAGCGGCUGCCUCAAACCCUAUUCCUCUGACCGAGGCUCAACCUACUGCCCCGGUAGAUUUUGUUUAUUCGAAGCAAGCGUAUAGAUUACGCAAGGAACAUGAUCUCGACCUUGAGGAGGAAAAGAGGCAGCGGGCUCGCGACCUGGAUCCCUCUCGUGCUGUGGUACAGUUAGUCAUACAAGAGCUUAGGGACAAACUGCUCGAGGAUAUCAAAUCUCGAAUCGCCGCUCCGGUCCUGUUUGACUACCUGGAUCCCAGUAAUCACAUAGAGAGGCGCAGAGCACUUGGUAUUGAAGAUCCUGAGGGCCCUCGAAGGUUUGGACGUCCCCAACACGAUGAGGGUUCCCAAACUCCUGAUUCGAGAUUUGGUUCAGCGUCGAACAAAAGGUCCAGCAAGAGUCUAAACAUUCUAUCCCUACCAAAGAUCAAUAAACGUGCUGGGACGGAUCGAGGCAUGGUUGGUUUUCGUGACGAAAGGAGAAAACCACCACCAGCUAGACACUUUGUUCGUCCACUAUUUCACCAACUUUCUCAGUUCCAAGACGAGGAUGAUUCUGACGAUGAGCGACGGACUACACUUACCCGAGACACUGAAGAUCUGGAGAGUCGCCCUGCAAGUCGAAUGAGCAUGACAUCUGUAUCAGAGGACGAUGACGAUAAACCACUCCUUCGCAAGGCAACUAAGCAACGGUUUCAAGUUCGCGAAGACUCAGAAAUGCCAGAUGCCCCUGUUAAGGAUGAGGUGGAUCAUACACGGACAAGUGCUGAAGAUCUUAUUAUUGCGAAGCUUGAGCGCAACAUAUACGAGAUGUCUCCGUCCUCGAGGAAACGCAAGAGGUUAGUCAAGGAAUUGGAGGUCCGAAAACGUCAAAAAGCCGACGAAGAAUUGUUUGGUAUUGGUCAACGUGACGAGUCAGAAGAUCCCCAGCCACAGGAAGUGAUAACACCGAUUGAAGCAACUCCUGAUGUUGAUUCCGACGCCCCGAAGACGCAAAUCAAGAAGCCCAAACCCAAACCGAGAACGAAGAAGCAGAAACUCGAAGAGCAAGAGGCACUUCGACGAGCACAAGCUGAAGCUGAAGCCGCCGAAGUUGUUGAGAAUGUGCUUGAACUUGCGGAAGAGGAAGAGGCUUUGGCCGAGGCUGCAGAAUGGCGACCAGAAGUCGAGUGGGGUGUAUCUGCAGAAAAGCCUCAACCUACUGUGGAUGACGAUGAGGAUAUUAUUCCGGAUCUUCGAGGUUGGCAAGCCAGCUUGUUCGAUGAGGAAGAUCUUUCAUAUCUUGCAGCAGUCAUGACUUUGAAGAAACCGAUGAAUAUUGGAGACCCUAUGGCAUGGGCUUGGAAACAAGAAAAGAUCCGCAAUCUCAAACAUGGUGUCCAGCCUGGAAAUCUACGGACAGAACCACCUAUCGAAGGUUAUUACGUCCCUAAUGCAUCUGGCUCGGCAAGAACGGAACCUAUCAAGAGAAUUCUCGAGUCAGAAAAAUCCAAAUACCUGCCUCACCGAAUCAAAGUCCAGAAAGCACGAGAGAAACGAGAGGCCGAAGCUAAGAGUGAUCAACCUAGCAAACCUACGAUGGCUCUGCCGAAGGCAUCAUCUCGUGGGAAACGUGCCGAUGACCGUCGUACCAUCAAAGAUCUCGAUCGGCAACGCGAGAUGCUCUCAGCUACGGGUGACGAUGCUGAUGUUUUACGCUUUAAUCAACUUCAAAAGCGCAAGAAACCUGUGAAAUUUGCUCGAUCAGCCAUCCACAACUGGGGACUUUACUCCCUGGAGCGAAUAACAGCAAGUGAGAUGAUCAUAGAGUACGUGGGAGAGAAAAUCAGACAGGAAAUUGCCGACCUUCGUGAAAUCAAGUACGAGGAAAUGGGGGUUGGCAGCAGUUAUCUUUUCCGAAUUGAUGAGGGAACUGUUGUGGACGCUACGAAGAAGGGAGGCAUUGCUCGCUUCAUCAAUCACAGCUGCGCUCCGAAUUGUACCGCCAAGAUCAUUCGUGUCGGUGGCACCAAACGUAUUGUCAUCUAUGCUUUGCGAGAUAUCGAAAAAGAUGAGGAGUUGACAUACGAUUACAAGUUUGAGCGGGAGAUGGACAGCGAUGAUCGAAUUCCAUGUCUCUGCGGCACGACGGUUUGCAAAGGAUUUCUCAACUAA